AUGAUGAUGGUGCAGAUCUAUGUAGAUGAUAUCAUCUUUGGAGGAACUUCAGAGAAGCUGGUGGAAAACUUUGUGAAGAGUAUGACUAAGGAGUUCAAGAUGAGCAUGGUGGGAGAAUUGAAGUACUUUCUUGGACUUCAAGUGAAUCAGACUGAGAAAGGAAUCUUUAUUUCUCAAAGCACCUAUGCCAAGAAUCUACUGGCCAAACCAAAACAGUCCCAUCUUCAAGCGGUGAAGAAGAUCUUGAGGUAUGUCAAGGGAACUGUCAAUCUGGGGAUCUUUUACUCCAAAGGAUCCAACAGAAAUCUUGCUGGAUAUUGUGACGCCGAUUGGGCAGGAUGUGCAGAUGAUCGGAAAAGCACAAGUGGAGGUUGUUUCUUCCUUGGGAACAAUCUUAUUGCUUGGCUUAGCAAGAAGCAGAAUUCUGUGUCACUAUCUACUGCAGAGGCUGAGUACAUUGCAUUGGGAAGCUGCUGCACACAGCUUAUAUGGAUGAGACAGAUGUCAGCCGAUUAUGGGAUGGAGUCUGGACCCUUCUUGGUCUACUGUGACAACAAAAGCGCCAUUGACAUAUCAAAGAAUCCGGUGCAGCACUCAAGGACUAAGCACAUUGACAUAAGACACCACUUUGUUCGUGAAUUGGUGGAAGAAAAACAGGGGCUGAUACAGGCACUGGCUCGGGGUGUAUAUAACAAGUUCAGAUUUUGUUUGGAGUCAAAGGUGCCAAUGAGGAUCAGCUACUUUGUCAUGCCGUCAUGUCACCUCAACAUAAGAAAAGUGAAAACUCACAAGGCUGAGUUGGUCCAUGAGCUUUCUCGAAGGGUAAUGUUUCACAAGAACAACAUCCAACGACAGAGAAUGAUCACAUGUUCUGCCUUGAACAAAAUAAAGAGUUUCACUUUGCACAUCAUUGGAAUUAGAGGUGGUGAUAUGAUCUGGCCGUCAGAUCUACAAGCCAGCAAUCUCCAAGCACUGCCGUCGCCUGACGAAGCGACUGAAGUAGCGACCACUACAUCUCUGGUAGUGACCGCCGAUGGUGUUUCUGAACCAGCAGAGCCGGAUGUGCUUGAGAGACACAAAGCUAAAAAGGGGGAGAUUGAAGAUGCAACUGGUUUGACGCAGAUCGUGAAUCAGUCAGGAAGUGCAUCAGGACGUAUGGACGGACUUGUAGCGGAGCUAAGUGGAGCUUAA